AUGACAGACGAGAUAACGCCGCAAACUCAACCUCCUCCGAAGAAGGACGAGAAGAAGCCUUCUUCAUCGGGCAACAAUCGUGGUCCUAGGAGGCAGCCUUCCAACCCGUCUAAUUUACGGGGAGGGGCCCCCGGUGCAAGACCUUCCUCCCGAGGAAGUAACAAGAAGGCUUCUGCCCCUGCCAACCCAGUAAGCGUUGAAGACGGAUCCGACACCGCCUCUCGAAAAGGCCCUGAAUCUAGCAAAAAGCAGGAGCAACCUCGUAGCAAGAAUCAAGGUGCUGGAGGUCGCGGGUCAGCUCAUCGCAAAGGUCAAUCCUCGGCUUCGCACGGAACACGUAGCACGAGAGAUCAACGUCCCAACAAGCAGUCUCCUUCGCCUGGCCCCACUCUCACGACUGAGUCCAGUGACGCACUCUCCUCUCUUCAACGAGUUAUCGCAGAUUUAAAGACAACUUCCCCUGUCCAGCCUCCUGCGAAUGCCAUGAAUUCAGCAAAUUUCCCCGUUUCUCAGGUUCAGUCGAACUUGACCCUGCACGCACCUGUAUUCAAUCCAGGCGCAGGCACUGGCCAAGGCUCCAACGUCGACCAGAAGCAUCGCAAGGCCGUCUCCCUAGGUAAUUCCGGUCUUUCAGGGAACUUCAACUCCUUCUCACCUCAUCUUGGUGCCAUGAUGGAGGACCCAGAAGAUGGGCCUACCGAAGAGGGCGAGAUACAAGAGCGCUUUUAUCCCCAGCCAAAUCACCAACUGCGCUCUCAGUCCCAAAGUUUUAUGGCUCCUCGUUUUGCUGCGCUUGCAGCCCAGCAGGACCAGGAUUCUGUUGGUCCAACUGGUCGACCCCAGCUCGCUCCCGGCUUUAUGUUUGGUGCGCGUAAACGGGGUCCUCCUCUGGGUCCUCCCAUUAACGAGGAGGACAUUGGUUUCCAAUUCCCCCAACAGCAGCAGCAGCCUUUCCCGUCAGAUAUCCCCCACCAUGACCAAGGACAUCGCAAAGCAGAGAGCGGUGAAAUCACUGGCAUAAUGGCCGAACAGAUUGCUAUCCAGAACCAGAUUGAAGCAUUACAGCAACAACAACAAGUCUUAUACCAGCAGCAGCUUGCCUCCAACCAAGUAUUGUCUUUCCAAACCCCAGGACUGGCUCCUCAACGUGCUGGCCACAGGCGUGUGCAAAGCACUGUCCCGAUGAGUCCUGGAGCAGUGGCCACUUUUGGCUCUGUUCAGCACCCUAUGGGCCAAUUUGGCAAUCUCUCUGGGUUAAAUCUUGGUCUGGACGGUCAACCUCCAGGCGUUCCCCGUGGCCAUGGGCGAAGGCAUAGCGUAAACGUUGUCAAUAAGACCGUCAGUCAACCUGCUCCUGGAUCUAAUAAUUUGUUCGAUGGCUUCGACGACGGCUUCACUCCCGCAGCUGCUUUAGGCGGACAUUCGAGGCAGGCAUCACGGGUUGACUCCAGUUGGCGCAUCAAUGGUGGUGUUGGAGGUGUUCAGGGUGGCAAUGGCGUCUUUACGGCCGAUCUCGCCCAAGCGCAAGCUCAACUGCAAAGCUUGCAGCAAUUUCGCGCAGCUGCCGGUGGACAUCACCAUAAGAUGGCUUCGUUCAGCUUCCCCAAUAUGCUCCCCAAUAUGAUGGCAGCGAACAUGAUGGGGCUCGGACUCGGUGGCAUCAACCUCUUGCAGCAACAGCAGCAACAGUUCCAGUCUCAACUCCAGCAACAGUCUAAUCAGCCACAACGCAAGUCACUCUUCGCUCCUUAUCUUCCUCAAGCUUCCCUCCCCCCUCUACUCGCUGCAGGCAAGCUUGUUGUCGGGAUCCUCAGAGUCAACAAACGUAAUCGUUCGGAUGCAUAUGUUGCCACCGAAGUUCUGGAUGCGGAUAUCUACAUUUGUGGAUCUAAAGACCGAAAUCGUGCUCUUGAGGGCGAUAUCGUAGCUGUUGAACUCCUUGAUGUCGAUGAGGUCUGGGGCACGAAGAAGGAAAAGGAAGAGAAGAAGCGAAAAAAGGAGGAAAACGCUGCCUACGACCUCAAGUCAAACGCAGGUCGUAAGGACGACAAGAAAAAGGACGAUGUCGAAGUUGAGGGCCAAGGCCUUAUGCUUUUCGAAGAUGAAGAAGUUACCGACGAGGUCAAGCCGCAAUUCGCGGGCCACGUUGUGGCUGUUGUAGAAAGGAUGCCCGGACAGCUUUUCUCCGGCACUCUCGGACUCCUCCGUCCAUCGUCUGCUGCCACGAAAGAAAAGCAGGAAGCAGAACGCCGCGAGCGUGAAGGAGAUCGAGGGGAUGAACCUCGACGGACGAUCGAACGUCCGAAGAUUGUCUGGUUUAAGCCCACUGACAAACGUGUGCCCCUCAUCGCCAUUCCAACGGAACAGGCGCCGCCCGAUUUCGUCCAGAAUUCCGAAGCCUACGUCGAUAAACUCUUCGUUGCAUGUAUUAAACGCCACCCUAUCAGCUCCCUCCAUCCUUUUGGCACGCUUGUAGAAGAGCUUGGCCCAAUUGGAGACAUCGAAGUAGAGACGAGUGCGCUGCUGAAAGAUUGCAACUUCCCUACUGAAGAUUUUACGGACAAUGUUUUGAAGUGUCUGCCGCCUAUUCCCUGGACGAUUCCUGAACGCGAGUUGGAAACGCGCAAGGACCUCCGCGACGAACGCAUUUUCACCAUUGACCCAGAGACUGCCAAAGACGUUGAUGAUGCUGUCUCCAUCAAGUACAAUGAAGAUGGCACGUUUGAUAUCGGUGUCCAUAUUGCCGACGUGUCAUUCUUCGUCAAACCCAAUACGCCUCUCGAUCGCGAUGCUCGUAAACGAGCGACCAGUGUUUACCUGGUUCAACGAGCCGUUCCCAUGUUGCCUCCAGCAUUAAGUGAACAGCUUUGCAGCUUACUUCCGGGGCAGGAUCGUUUGGCCUUCUCGGUCGUAUUCACUAUGGACAGCGAUGCCAAGGUGCUUAAGAAGUGGUUUGGCAAGACCAUCAUUCGCUCUGCCGCCAAACUUUCCUACUCUGACGCGCAACGAGCUAUCGACGGUCAACCCUUGGGAAUUGUACAGGUCGAUCCUUCUCACCAGUCAUCUGAUAUUGAACAUGACAUCCGACGCAUGAACGUUUUGGCCAAACACCUCCGAGCCAACCGGUUCCAGAGUGGUGCUCUGAGCCUGGAGACACCCACCCUCUCCUUCCGACUUGACGAGAAUGGUCUCCCAGUUGACUGUGGUCAGUAUGAACGCAAAGAGGCCAACACAAUGAUCGAGGAGUUCAUGUUACUGACCAACAUCACUGUUGCACAACAAAUUGCUGUCCAUCUUCCUGAGCAGGCCCUCCUUCGUCGCCACGACACCCCGAUUGAACGUCGUCUAAAUACUUUCAAUCAACGAGCAGAACGUCUGGGAUACAAGAUGGACACCUCUUCUUCUGGGGCUCUUAUGCGCUCCUUCGAUGCCAUAGACAACCCUACUGCUCGGAAACUUUUGGAGUUGCUCUCGUUCAAAGCCACGCAGCGGGCGAAAUACUUCUGUGCUGGCAUGCUCGAUAUUGCGAAAUACGGCCACUAUGCAUUGAAUACGCCCUUGUACACGCAUUUUACUUCCCCUAUCAGACGCUAUGCGGACGUUCUGGUUCAUCGUCAGCUCGAGGCAGUCCUCCAAGGUGGAGCUGAAACCAAGUUUAUCAUGGAUCGUGACGCCGUUGCCAAAGUUGCUCAACAAUGCAACAUCAAACGCGAUUCCGCUGUCCUUGCCCAAGAGCAAUCGGCACAUCUUUUUCUUUGCGUCUUGAUCGCAGAUCUUACCCAUCGAUAUGGACCUGUCGUUCGUCAAGCAAAGGUUGUGGGUGUUCUGGAAGCUGCUUUCGAUGUCCUUGUUCCAGAGUUUGGCAUCGAAAAGCGGGUUCACGUCGAUCAAAUGCCUAUUGAUAAUCACGUCUACGAUGAACAUUCGCAUACUCUGCAGAUCUACUGGUCGUCUCGUGACGUGAUUACUUGGUUAGCGGAGAACAGCGACGACGAGCAUCUAAAGAAGGUGAAGCGGAAUGCUGAGCAGCACGCGUUGAACAUGGAGGUUGCGUCGCGUUCUGUCCAUGACGAGAAAGCUCUCUUCGACGAAGACGAUGCAGACGACGAUGAGAUCGUUUUGGGGCGAAGCGAGGUGGAGCCUCCUAAGCCAGAAACAUCCAAGCAACGCCUGCUCUCUAUGGCGAAGGUUAAGCCCGAAUUCGAGGGCCUACGUGUGACCCCAUCUGGACACAAGAUCCAGGACAUUAAGGAGUUGAUGACGGUACCGGUUAUUGUUACGGCUGACUUGACGAAGAGUCCGCCCGUCAUCAAGGUCUACAGCGUCAACCCUUAUGCCGAACAAAAGAAAUAA